AUGACGACUGCUGAUGCACUGAAACUCCAGCUCGGCCCCUUCCGAGUGACGACGUCGAUCUUCCUCGUCAACGUCCUGCCGUUCAGAAGUCGAUGUGCCACAUACGUACUCCGCGUCGAGCGCCCGACCGUCUGCGGCGGUCGCAUCAAUGUAUCAAUUGGCCACCCCGACAUGCCCAUCAACCUCCUGCCACGUUCUGCGAAAGACUGUCGUAAACUGCGCUUCGCCAUCCGCUACGGCACGAGAGGAAAGACCAUCCGCUUUGUUGCACCAAACACGACCGUAUACGGCCACUGGAUCGCUGUUCUCGGGGAGGCCUUUGCCGGCAGUGCAAAAGCCGCCAAGCGAUCGAGCACCAACACGGCCAGCGACAUCGAUCGGGAUGGCUACAAUGAUGACACUGAUGAUCAGGAUGCAGUAGUUACUAGUGGCAGUGACUCAAUGUUUGGGCACUGUCGCUCGAUUGCAAAAGAUGUGCCGGUCACGGCUUCCACCUCUUGUCCCGAGCGUGACAACAUUGUCACGGACAUGGACAGUUGCAGCAGCAGCAGUACAACCGGCGGCAGUAAACAGACGCCGUACGUUUGGAGCGACGCAAUGUGUUCGGUAGUCGAGAAGCCACGAGGUGCGUAUCAUCGGACCGAUGUCUGCACUCGAGACGUAUCCAACACAGACACUGCAGUGGAGCGAGUGUCAGCUAUGACACCAGCGUUUAAGUCAGCGACUUUGACGUCACCUGAGAACGACUUCGGAAACAGCUGUGCUGCUACUAACGACUGCGAGACAACGCUCAGCUCUGCACAUGUACUGCCACAAGAUGCGCGUACACGUCGUCGCUCUCAGUCGGAUAGAGCUCACGACUGCUCGUCCGUGGAGCGGAUCCAGCGGACAGUCCAUGUUGUUUGCAGCUGUGACUUUGCGUCUGGUAUUCGUCACCUCGUCGUCGCACACUGCAACCGAUUGCAGCCCAGAGCUCUGGUGAGCGUCAUGCAGCCCUUCAUUAGGCGAUGGCUCGUUGUUUGCCAACAAUCUCUUGUCUUCAUUGGUGUCAAGUUGCGCUAUGGCCACCACGACGUCUUUUGCCGUACAUGUCUCUAUCUCUAUCGACGCUUUCGUUGCAGAGGUACUGACGCGCUCAAUGCGCACCUACCUGAGAAAUAG